UAAACUUACAGUGCUUUUGAGAAACGCAGCGCAGGACAGCAGCCCAUAAGGAAACCAGUGCAAGCCAUAACACUCUUUAUGCUCAACUGUAGUAUCAUGAUCACAAGUUUGUAUCUCUCAAUAAAUGUAUUUGAAAAAGGAAAUCUCAUUUCUUUUCAUAGUGAAUUUACCAGCCUUCUUUCCUUGGGGGACUUGUUUGGAUAGUUCAAACACACAUUUAGAGAAGUGUCAUUACAGUUUUACCAAUGCAUCAUUCACUUAUCAAACCACAACCAUACCCACACAGCAAAGGAGUCCGUGGCGGACCCGCCCUCAAGCCGCCAGAUCCGCCUGACUGUCAGAUUCGUUUUCGCUGCGCUAACAGGAUCGGCCCCGCCUCCAAGAUCGGCCCCGCCUGCGCUUUUAAUCAGCGGACCCAGAACGAAUCACAUACGGAUCCGCACUUCGGACGCGCCUUCGAUAACGUACGCCGUGUGGGAAUUAGUCGGGAUCUCCUUCUAGUGAAGUUCGGCUGCCAACUUGUUAUUGGAUCUUGGGCUGAGGACUGUUCCACCUGUGUGAAGAUGUUCCAUGUAGUUGAAUUUGUCACCAAUAAAUCCGUAGCAGUGGUGCCCCAAAGCUGGUACGAGGAUGGUUGUGCAUCGUGGCCAACUUAUAACAGUGACGAAAGAAUAAAUAGGGCAGUAAAACAUGGAGAGGAGCCACAGGAAGACUGGCAGACACAUGAUGUCAGAAUCAUCAAAUCAUCUGAUACUUACAUUGAGGCACGUCAAAUCCUGAAGAAGGCUCUGACAUGUAGCACCUCGGACCUCCAAACUGAGGAUGAACAGGAACGGCCUGGGAGAAGGAGAACAACAGCGAAACAUUUCUUUGGUGACACCGAUACAGAGGAGGACUACCGACCCCCAAAGAUUUCCAAAUUCGGGUCAUCUGCUGGGACAAGUCACCAACUCCCUGCAAAUAGUCCAGAGCUCUGUCAAAUGUUUGGCAGAACUGCCCCUCCCCAACCACUACCACCACAAACACUCCUCUCUCAACCUGCACAUUGCAACCAGCAACAACGGGGGCCAGAGGAGCCAAGCCAGGUCUACAGACCUACCUGGAGAGGUGGGAGACAUGGCCCAGAAACCAUUCCCUGCUCUGCUGCUCAGGUCCACAUUUUAAGCCUGCUGGAGCACAUUAAGCAGCAGCAGGACCAGCUGGUGGCCAAGGUCAAUCACCUGAGCAGCAGGGUGCUCAACACCUCAACACCUCAAGAGCCAGAGUGUCCUGAAUGCAUUCAGCUGCCCAUCGAAUCACUGGGAGCGGUGGAUGAGCUUGAAGCAUUCCUGAAAGACGCUGCCAAUGCAGCAGCCAAACAAAGAAUGAUUUCUUCUUUGGCCACGAUUGGUGGCCAAGAUGUGAAGAGAGUGGCGUGGAACAUCCUCUCUCGGAUGUUCACAGAAGAAGUGGCCAAGACCAUAAGCUGGAAGGGAGCAAAUGGCAAGAGGGCAUUCAGUCACAUGUCAUCAAAGACACUAAUGUACCGUGCUGUACGUGCAAAUAGUUUGUGUCGCACAGCCACAGACACAGACAUUCAACGUUAUGCCAUAAGAUGGUUUAACUUGGCUGCAGACCGUGGUGCGGCAAGGAGGCGCCUGACCAACCGGUCUAACCAGGCUGAGGCAGAUGAUUAGGCUACUUAUGGUCAUGUUUUCUUUUGUUAAAUAAAAUGUUUUAUUUGUUUCAAAUUGUUUCAGUUUUAAUUUAAAUAGUCUGUCGCAGGCUACAUGUUGUUUUCCAAUUCAGAGACCAUGCCCUUUACAAAUUCCAUUGGCCUGGAGCCCAGUGUGUUUAAACCCCACCCACGAUCAACUGCAAGAUAGAAUACAACCAACUUACUGCUCCUUUUCAAUAAUCCGACUUGCAUU